CCAAAAUCAGUUUCCAUAGUGUGCAUGGAAAGUGUGCUCGCAAAGUGGAAGUUGGGUGGGAGAAGGACAAAAGGACGGACGAGAUGACUCCCAUAACGACUGAUGAGGAAUGAUGAAUCGAAUCAUUCUCGAGGCCAAGUUCAAACCACAACGUCACAACGAGCAAAGCGCCACAAUUUUGGUUUGUUGUUGAUGGUCUUGUCUUUCAGAGAACAAAUCUCGAGACAUCUACCGUUGGUUCAUUUUUGAGAAAUCAAGUGUAUUACCAAGAUGAAGGUCCUUUAUUCUGCCGUAGUGGCUGUUUUGUUCAGCCAUGUUGCUUACGCGUUUUCCCCCGUGGCAAAGCCCAUGGCGACGACUUCCUUGAAAAUGUCGGCAGCUCCCGUCGUCUCGUCACCUGCCGAUGUGGAUUGGACGCCUUCGAUCAAAUCGGGAGACAGAGAUGAAAUCUACGGACCCAUCAAGCAAUACUGUGAGGAUUUGCACAAAGUUGUGAGGCGUCCUAGCCGUACCGUCACAUGUGGUCCCAUCAAAUUUGGAUCCGAUCAUCCCAUUGUCCGACAAACCAUGGCUACCACAAACACUGCCGAUGCUGACGCCACCAUUGAACAGGUGAUGAGAUGUGCCGAUGAAGGAUUUGACUUGGUGCGUAUCACUGUCCAGGGACGUCGGGAAGCCAACGCUGCCUUGAAAAUUAGAGAGGGUUUGUUCAAAAAGGGAUACGACAUUCCCCUUUGUGCCGAUAUGCACUUCCAGCCCAAAGUAGCUAUGAUGGUUGCUGAAGCCGUUGAGAAGAUUCGUAUCAACCCUGGAAACUUUGUGGCUGGUCAAAAGGAUUUUGAAGAACACAUUUACGAAACCGAAGAGGACUACUUUUCUGAACGUCAAUUCUUGGUAGAAGCCAUGGUUCCCUUGGUGGAAAAAUGCAAAGAAUUGGGCAGGUGCAUGCGUAUUGGAACCAACCACGGUUCUCUAUCAUCCCGUGUGCUUUCUUUCUAUGGAGAUACUCCCCGUGGUAUGGUCGAGUCCGCCAUUGAAUUUGCCGAUAUCUGCCGCAGCAUGGACUACCACAACUUUGUCUUCUCCAUGAAGGCCAGCAAUCCAUUGGUCAUGGUCCAAAGUUACCGUUUGUUGGCGGCUGAAAUGUACCGCCUUGGCUGGGACUACCCACUCCAUUUGGGUGUCACUGAGGCUGGAGAGGGAGAAGAUGGACGCAUGAAGUCUGCCAUUGGUAUUGGCACCCUCCUCGCUGAUGGAUUGGGGGAUACCAUCCGUGUCUCCCUCACGGAAGAUCCCGAAUUUGAACAUGGUCCAUGCAACCGUCUUGCGGAAAUGGCCGAGUCUCGUUUGUUCGUCCACGAGGAGGCCGCGGCCCGUCAAUCUGCAGUCAAGCCGUACACUGACACAAGAGACAUUACAUCCUUCUCUCGCCGACAGGGUGAUCUUCCCGCACAAAAGGAAGAGGAUCCCAUUGAUGUCCGAGGAUUCUUGAAUCGGGAUGGAUCCGUCAUCAGCGUUGUCAAGCCAGAAAUGUUCAGCAAGGAAAACGCACAAUACCUCUACAAGGACUUGGGAUGCAAGACUGCCGUUGGAAUGCCCUUCAAGGACGUCGCCACAACCGACUCUAUCCUCCUUCGUAAGGUCCCACCCACCAGCGAUACCGAUGCUCGCACCGCCAUUCGUCGUUUGGUUGAAGUCAGCAUGGGUGUCAUUGUCCCCGCGGAGGAAUUGGAAAAGGACCCUCUGCCCAAUGCCGUUGCUCUUAUGGAUCUUUCCGAUGCUGUUGCCAACGAGGGCAAGUUGCCCGAAGGAGCUAUUCGUUUGGCCGUAAGUAUUGAUGGAACCGAAGACGACGAAACUUUGGCCAAGGUCAAGGACUUGGACCCUGUCAUGUGCCUGCUCAGCCCCGAUGACAGUGUCUCCACCCUACACGCCUCUCGUCGCGUGUUUGAGCUCUUCAAAUCAAAUGAAAUCAAUGUUCCCGUUAUCAACCACUUCAAGACAACAACAGACGAUUCGAACGAACUUGCUCUGCAGUUGGGAACCAAGGUGGGAUCUCUCUUGGCAGAUGGCUUGGGUGACGGUGUGAUUGUGGAACAAGUUGGCGAAACCGACAACUUUGGUGUGGACUUCCUCCGACGAACAUCCUUCAGUCUGCUGCAGGGAAGUCGUAUGCGAAAUACCAAGACCGAAUUCGUGUCUUGCCCUUCCUGUGGUCGAACCUUGUUUGACUUGCAAGAGACCACUGCUAACAUCCAAGAGGCCACAGGCCACUUGCCCGGAGUUACAGUUGCUGUUAUGGGAUGCAUUGUGAAUGGUCCAGGAGAGAUGGCAGAUGCUGACUUUGGCUACGUUGGAACUCUACCAGGAAAGGUUGAUCUGUACUACGGUAAAGAGGUUGUCCGCAAGAGCAUCCCCAACGAGGACGCUGUGGAUGCUCUGGUGCAGCUAAUCAAGGAUUAUGACAUGUGGAAGGACCCCGAGCCUGAAGAGGAAGAAGUCACCGAAGAAGAGGCCGUUGCCGCUUAAACAUGCGCUGCUCCGCCCAAUAAAAGACUAACUAUUAAAAUAGGAAAUACAUUUCAAUAC